AUGGAAUUGGAAAAAUCUAAUAACACCCCACUACAGACUCCAUUAAAUAUUGAAAAAGAAAUAUUUAUGCCUCAAGGAGAACCUGAAACGUGUUUAUUGUGUAAUGAACCCGAACCAUUAUUUGAACCUAAUGGAGCUAACUUGGAACCAAUCACAAUAUUGACCUAUGAUAAUAAUACACAGAUACAUUUAAAAGAAGAAGAAUACAUGGUUGAAAAACUUUUUAAAUACUUAGCUAAAGAACCGCAAGACUUUGGUCCGUCAUCUAAGAACAUGGUUAUGGAAACAGAGAAUCCUACGUCUUCAGAAAUGGUAUUCGUUAAAAUACAUAACAAAAUAAUUCAGGCUGAAAAAAUUCUUGAAGAAAAAACACGUGAAGUGUCCCGUGCAGAAUAUGAAGUUCUCGAUUCUUACUAUCUUCUUGGGGAAGCAUUAGUAAAAAAACUAGCUGAUUUUUUAACUAAUCAUCCUCUUCAAACUGCUCGAACCUUGCUUAAUGUAGAAAUUAAACGUCAAUUUCCCUCUGAUAUGUCUCGUAAUGAAAAGAUGAUAUCAAGCGAAUUAGAAAAUUUACCCCAUCAGCUUUUGGAAGAUUUAAUGAAAGUUAUUCAAGAAAGAGUUAGAACUACUUUUUCGCAACCGAAUAAGCUUGAAAACCAAUUGGAUAAUUUAGAUCUAAAUGAGGAGGGAGACCCAAUGCUAACUGAUUGA